AGCUGCAGUGAAAGUGUCAGUCUGCAAAGAUAACCUUUUGAGGCAUUGCUCCUUUCUUGUGCAGAUAGACUACCAGAAACCUUCAUUCAACAUUUAUUCGACUUUCAACUGUGCACUUGUAGAGUACUAGAAUCAACAGCAGUGACCUGAACCCAAAUUUGUUAAGCAAAAUGACAAACAAGGUAAACCAACAAUCCCUAUUGGUUUUGAAGAGUAGAAGUCAACUGUGGUUCUUCACCAUCAUUAUUCUUGAACUAACACUUCUAAGAAGAAUCCAUGGCUGGACCUAUAAAUAUAUUAAUGAAAAUAUGGCCUGGGACAAUGCAAGACGUUACUGUCAAGAUCAUUAUACAGAUCUAGUUGCAAUCCAGAAUGCAAGAGAAAUUGAGUAUUUGAAUGAGUAUCUACCUCAUGCACAAUAUUACUAUUGGAUUGGAAUAAGGAAAAUCAAUGACAUGUGGACCUGGGUUGGUACUAAUAAAUCUCUAACCAAAGAAGCAGAGAACUGGGCUCAUAAUGAACCUAAUAAUGUAGGAGCAGAUGGAAAUGAAGACUGUGUAGAAAUGUACAUAAAAAGGGCCAGCGAUACAGGGAAGUGGAACGAUAUCAACUGUAAGAAGAAGAAAAGACCUUUGUGUUACGUAGCUUCGUGCACUCCCAUUUCAUGCAAUGGUCAUGGAGAAUGUGUCGAGAAUAUUGGAAAUUACAUAUGUAUAUGCAAUGAUGGAUACUAUGGGCAAGAGUGUGAAUAUGUUGAACAGUGUUCCACUCUCAAUGUUCCUGACCAAGCGACUAUGAACUGCAUCCAUCCUAAUGGAAACUUCAGCUUUGACUCCACAUGUGACUUCCAGUGUGCAGCAGGGUUUACACUGCAGGGAUCACAGAGUCUCUGGUGCAAUGCGACAGGAAUAUGGACAGCAAAGACGCCCAGCUGUGAAGUUGUAAGAUGCAGAGAACUAGAGGUUACUGGACAAGGAUUCAAGAAAUGUUCUCAUCCCAUCGGAGAUUUCAGUUACAACUCAACGUGUGACUUCAGCUGCACUGAAGGGUUUGAGCUCAGAGGACCAGACAGACUGGAGUGUGGAGCAUCAGGAGAAUGGUCAGCGCCCAUCCCCAACUGUGAAGUUGUGAAAUGUGGAAGUCUGGUGAUUCCUGGACAAGGGAAAAUGGACUGCUCUCAUCCUACCGGAACAUUCCGUUACAACUCAACUUGUGACUUCAGCUGUGCUGAAGGGUUUGUGCUCCGAGGAUCAGACAGACUGGAGUGUGGAGCAUCAGGAGAAUGGUCAGCACCUAUCCCCAGCUGUGAAGUUGUGAAAUGUGGAAAUCUGGCGAUUCCUGGACAAGGGAAAAUGAACUGUUCUCAUCUUACUGGAACAUUCAGUUACAACUCAACGUGUGACUUCAGCUGUGCUGAAGGGUUUGUGCUCCGAGGAUCAGACAGAGUGGAGUGUGGAGCAUCAGGAGAAUGGUCAGCGCCUAUCCCCAGCUGUGAAGCUGUACAAUGUGAAAAACUGGAGAAUCAAGAUGAGAUUAUUGUAACCUGCUCCAAACCAAUUGUACCAUUCAGUUACAACUCAACAUGUGACUUUAACUGCCCAGAAGGAUUUGUAUUGCAUGGAUCAAGCAGAACCAAGUGUGAAGCUACAGGUCAAUGGACAGCACCAAUGCCAACCUGCAUAGAUUCAACUCCACAAACAUUGCCUGAAAAUUAUUCACCCGUAUUAACAGCGACUGCUGCUGCAGCUGGCAUCUCUGCCAUGACACUGCUGGCCUGGGUAAUGAGACAGCUCAAAAAGAAAACACAAGCAAAAAAGUUUUCACUUUUAAGCAAUGAAAAUCAGGAUAAAACAUCAGAAACUUACAAGUUGAAGGAUGAAUGUGAUGGCAGCAUGUGCUGAGGUCUUUGACAGUUUUUUAGGUCAAAGAACAGACAAGCAAGAAAGGAUUGGCAAUAAUUUUCAAGAUCACUGUUUUUGCAUCUUCAACGUUCCACCAAAUUGGUACCAUUUAUAAAUGUGUGAAUUUCCUCUAUGAACAGAAUUCAGUUCACUGUCUUUAAUCUAAUUAACACAAUUUUUCCAUCUUUCUGAAUGACAAGUGUCAAUGACAAGGCUGCAAAGCUUACUGCACAAUCCAUCAUGUGAAGAUGCAGAUACUUGUGUUAUGUGUUAACCACCACUGGAUUAAGUCCAAAGAAGUGUACCUUUAUGGCUGUUAUAUUAAUGACAAAUUUGUCACUUUGACAAAAAGAUGGCAAUAGACUAUUUGAAAAUGAAGCACUUCCACUUAAAGGAGACAGGACUGGUCCUAAAAUUGAUAUUAAACAAUUUGUUAGAUCAGUGAUAUGUUGCCAGAAUAGAUUAAAAAUAGCUACAGUUUUGCACAAUUUGUUCACUGUUUCUUUCGUAUGAAUGCAUUAUUAGUGGCCUCUGUGACUGGUACAUAAAGUACAAAUCCACUAAGGGAUGAGGUAAUUUAUCGUUUGCAGUAAUGGUCAAACAUGUUUAAUAUAACUUCAAACACUAUACUAGUAGUAAAACAAAACUAAGAGUUUUCUUUUUAAUUUCCAUGUCCUCUCCUUUAGGUUUCCCUCUAUAUAACAUCUUCUAUGAAGGCAGGAAAACAGCCUACAUCUUGGCCUGCUUCUUAGCCUCUGUGUCUGGCCCAGGAUUAUAAUGCCAUAUAUUUUUCCCUCAUUCUACGCCUCUGUCCAGUGAUUUUCAGUAAGUUGUGAGCAAAUUAGUGCCCAAGUUUCUCAGUGCCACAACUUAUUGAUGCAUCAUAGGUUAGGUUUUGUGAAAUCUAACUUCAACGGACCUAAAAACUAAAAACUGUCAAUUUAGUUGGUUAGAACACUAUUGGAAGGAAAUAUUUAAUUUACUAAUAAUGAAGAUGGUAAUUUCUAGAAUAACAAACUGAAUGGUAAAAUGGUCAAAUCCCUUACUGCAAACAGAUUAAAAAACACAAUCCAUUUGGUAUGGUAAUACAAAUGAUUCUUUGCACAAUGACCAUUGAAUAUAUUACACUGUUCUGUAAUUUUUCUUCACUCACCAUAUCUGUAUAUGUUGGUUAUUUGUGUGUUAUUUAUUAUUUAUUUAAUUACUCCCUAUGGCUGAGAUAUUACCCGAAGGGUGAGUGUUAGAUUUAUAUAAUCAUCUCAUCAGGCAAGCUAAACUUAUGAUGUGUAUUAGAAUUGUGGCUUGUUGUUACUUAUAUGGCUCUAUACCUGUGUUAGGACAUGAUGUAAUUAUUAUGAUCUGUUAAUUUGGAGUCAUAUCUCAUUCAUAAAUCAUGAGUUGUCCAAUGCAUUUUUUUGGUGAGCUGAUAGGGGUUCUUCCUUCUCAAUCUGAAAAAAAUAAUGAUGAUAUAGACUUGAGUAAAAAAUAGGGAACAAAUAAUUUGCUCAUAAAAUGCUGCACUUAAUCAUUGGCCCUCAGUAUCAUGUUGUUAUGAGGGUAAUUUGACAAGAUUUAAAUUUAUGUAGACAAGUUGAUGACAAAUCUGCGCGGAAGAAAUAAGCCCAUCAGGGAGCCUGUUGCAGUAAAACAAUCCAAUAUUAUUCCACAUGGGAACAGAAAAAUGUUCUAUUCCCCAGCAGAGAUAUUCCUCACCAUAAUAAACACAAAAUUUACGUUAAAAAGUCACAGAUUGGAAAAUGUCAAUGCAUUAUUUUGUACAGUGUUCACCGGAAAAUAUGAGUGUUUUUAUAAGGUGCUUUUUAAUAUUUUCAGGGUGUUCACAUAGAUAAGUUAACAUUAUUGUACAUGAGGAUUAGAUAAUUUGUUUAUCUGUUGCUGAUUAAUGUAUUAAUUUCCUGAUUGACAUGCUAUUCAUUUGUAAUUAUAAUUCUAAUAAAAUGUAAAUGCUGGUCAUAAA